UUUACUAAAAACAGCUCGUGACAUUCAAUGGGCGAGACGCCGCGUGAAGCAACUUGGAGGACACAGUUUGCGAAACGCCCGACACUUCUAAUUGCAACAGUUCUUGGGGGAUUUGGCCCCUGAGUUGACCCGAAGAACGCGACAACGGGUCCACUCUUUGAACGGAUUUUAUUAGCUAAUCUCUGGGGAUUUGACGUUCCGCUCAACUUUAUAACAAGAUGGACAGCUUGGAGAAGCAGCUCGUCUGUCCGAUAUGCCUGGAGAUGUUCACAAAGCCGGUGGUGAUUUUGCCGUGCCAACACAACUUGUGCCGAAAAUGCGCCAACGAUAUUUUUCAGGCAUCCAACCCAUACAUGUCGACGAGAACCGGUUCUACAGUUUCGUCCGGAGGGCGGUUCCGCUGCCCGUCCUGCAGACACGAAGUGGUUCUGGACCGACAUGGAGUCUACGGACUGCAGCGCAACCUUCUGGUGGAGAACAUCAUCGACAUGUACAAACAGGGCUCCACCAGCCCCAAGGAGGCUCCUCCGGCCCAGCCAGAGCAGCCCUCCUGCGAGGAGCACCCAGAGGAGAAGAUAAAUAUCUACUGUGUGACCUGCGGCACCCCCACCUGCUCCCUCUGUAAGGUGUUUGGCAGCCACAAGGACUGUGAGGUGGCUCCUCUACACAGCAUCUUCCAGGAACAAAAGGCUGAGCUGACAGACUGUAUCUCCAUGCUGGUUGGGAACAAUGAGAGGAUCCAGGCCGUCAUCUCUCAACUGGAGGGGACCUGCACAACUGUAGAUGAGAAUGGCCGCAGGCAAAAGUCAAAGGUGUGCGAGACCUUUGACCACCUUUACGCCAUCUUGGAGGAGCGGAAGGGAGAGAUGAGCAUGCAGAUUACUUCUGAGCAGGAGGAGAAACUGGACUACAUCCGCUCCCUCCAGAGGAAGUACACAGAACAUCUGGACAACAUGGCCAAGGUCCUGGAGACCGGGAUCAACAUAAUGGACGAGUCUGAGAUGGCCAUCUUCCUGCAGGCUGCUAAACCACUUUUACAGAAGAUCGUAGAGGGCACCAACACCUCCCACCUGGACAAGGUGGAGCGCGGCUACGAGAACAUGUCUCACUUCACCGCUCACCUGGAGAGAGAGAGGCGGGCCCUGCAGACCAUUGACUUCCUCAAACUAGAUGAAGGAGAGGAUGAUGAUGAGGCUGAUGCAGCGGCGGGGAGGAGAGGACGGACAGCUGGGGGCGGUAGUGAGACCUCCCAGACAGCAGGGGGCGGUAGUGAGACCUCCCAGACAGCAGGGGGCACCACGGCUCCACCACCCUCACUCGCUAAGCAGCCAACACGACCGCCAGCGCACACACCCCCUGCCCCGGUCCCUGGCCCGCUCCCCCCCGCGCCUCGCCUGGAGGCCCCCGACACCAGCCUCCUCCGGGCCCCCAGCCCCAAGAACCCCGGGCCCAACCCCCCUGCCCUGCCCACGCCACUGGGAACGCCCCAUGCCAUGCCUCUGCCGACAGGGAGUUCUGCUCAGGCUCCUUCUGACGCUGGCGCUCAGAACGCCGACACGGAGGACGGGCCGCGCCACGUCUUCUCCUUCUCGUGGCUCAAUCAGAAAUAAAACCAUUCUUCCCUCCAACUCGGCUCAAUGGACACACCGAGACUUAUCUCGUGCUUAUGUCCGUUGAAAUCCAACACUGUAGCCUUCAUCACGUCUGUGAAUCUAUUUCCAUAAUUGUACAAGGGGAGAUAGGUGCGUAAUUGAACGCGUCCGUGCGUAAAGAUUGCGUAAAUGACUGGUAGAAUACACUGGCUUUCAAUAACCGAGGCGACACGUGAAUCAGCAAUGAACAUUGAGAAAUAUUUUAUUACAAAUAAGAUAUAUAGCCUGAGCUUCUUUAACAUUUUAGAUGGAUGCUCCCAUAAUAUUGUCUAACAAAACUUGUUAGCAUGUGUUUUAGAAGGAAAUAUUUAUUUCGAUGGAACAAAAUGACCAUAACAAAUGCAUUAUGCGUGAUUCAAAGGCAGAAUUAAGGCUUUUAAAAUAGUUGCAAUAGUUAGGAAGCCACCAGGGACAAGAUCCUAUAACACAUUUUUUACAAACCCGACAAAUGAAAGGACCAGUUAGUUGUGGUAUGCAUCAAAACAAAAACAAUACAAUAAUUUAACACGUGUCUUACGAAAAGAAAAAAAAUGGGUUGGUUCUUCCAAAGCUCAUUUGCCAAAUAUGUCCAUCAUUUUGCGGUUAUCAUUGGCCUGCUGGGCGAGCUGUUCCGCCCGAGCCAUCUCCAGAACUUCUCGGAGCAGGUGGAAAGUCAGGUCCAGGGAAAUGGGUGGAUCGUCGGAGCGCUUUUCUUUCUCCGCGGAAUCUUCCUCCUGCUGCCCUUCGGAGCUAGCGACCUUUCGCUGGGUGAGCUGCAGCUGCAGGGCGCGGUUGACUGUUGCGGCUGGGGACGGGCCGUGUGACCACAGGUCCGACCUGACCGGAGAGGGGUCUUGUUUGGAAUUGUCCAGCUGGAUGGAGUACUGCUCACCGAGCCGGAGGAGGAUGGGCAGCGGCAGGUGCUGAAGCCUGUCCGACAGGCGGGAUCCGGUCCGGCUCUCUAUGGCUCUGCACUCAUAAGCGGGCUGGCAAGCUCCCAAAAGAGCCACGGCACAAACCAUCAUGAGAUUCAUCUCUGCAGACGGAGACGGAGUUUGGAAGUUACCAACCACGAGAGAAAUAGGCCUACACGUUUGAAUAUGCCUUGUGGAUUUGGAUUGCCAAAAGUGUAUUUUUUAUGUUUUAUAUUUAAAAAAUAAAUUGCGCAAUGCAUCAAUUAGAGA